AUGGGUAAUAUUUGUGGUAAACCAGAAUUAGGAUCACCAGAAGAGAUUAAAGCCAAUCAACAUAUUAAUAGUUUGUUGAAACAAGCAAGAUCUAAAUUAGAGGGUGAAAUUAAAUUAUUAUUGUUAGGAGCAGGUGAAUCAGGUAAAUCAACAAUCGCCAAACAAAUGAAGAUUAUCCAUUUGAAUGGUUUCAACGAUGAGGAGAAGUCAUCAUAUAAAACCAUCAUCUACAAUAAUACAGUUGGUUCAAUGCGUGUGUUGGUAAACGCCGCUGAAGAAUUAAAGAUUGGAAUCAGUGAAAACAAUAAAGAAGCCGCCUCUAGAAUCUCAAAUGAUUUGGGCGAUCAUUUCAAUGGUGUGUUGACUGCAGAGUUGGCACAAGAUAUUAAAGCCCUUUGGGCAGAUCCAGGUAUUCAAAAUACCUUCCAAAGAUCUUCAGAAUUCCAACUAAAUGAUUCAGCCGCUUAUUACUUUGAUAGUAUCGAUAGAAUUAGUCAACCAUUAUAUUUACCAUCUGAAAAUGAUGUUUUACGUUCAAGAACUAAAACAACUGGUAUCAUUGAAACAGUUUUUGAAAUUCAAAAUAGUACAUUUAGAAUGGUUGAUGUUGGUGGUCAAAGAUCAGAAAGAAAGAAAUGGAUGCAUUGUUUCCAAGAAGUUACAGCAGUUAUCUUUUGUGUUGCCCUUAGUGAAUAUGAUCUUAAACUUUAUGAAGAUGAUACUACAAAUAGAAUGCAAGAGUCACUUAAACUCUUUAAAGAAAUAUGUAACACCAAAUGGUUUGCAAAUACUGCUAUGAUUCUUUUCUUAAAUAAAAGAGAUAUUUUCUCUGAAAAGAUUACAAAAACACCAAUUACAGUUUGCUUCAAAGAAUAUGAUGGUCCACAAACUUACGAAGGUUGUUCAGAGUUUAUCAAACAACAAUUUAUCAAUCAAAAUGAAAAUCCAAAGAAAUCGAUCUACCCACAUUUAACUUGUGCCACUGAUACUAAUAAUAUCCUUGUUGUAUUCAAUGCUGUCAAAGAUAUUGUAUUAAAUUUAACUUUGGGUGAAGCUGGUAUGAUUCUUUAA